AUGGCAAGAGCUCAUCUAUUGCUAUGCUUCACCAUUCUAUUUGCAUCCGUGACCCUUCUGGAUGUAGUUUCAUCUACCCUGAACUUUAAACCAGCUUUGCCUCAGAUUGCAGACCCACAAACAGUUGCCGAGGUGGAACCUUACACUAUUAAAGUAGUGAUGGUAUUUGUGGGUGACCUCGAGAAGCAGUGUCCUAAGACGAGCAAAUUCAAGAUGUUCUUCGAGAAACUUAGGGGAUUCGCCAAAUAUGUUUGCCCCAUUAGAAGGCUUAGAGAGAAAAAUUACGAAACGGACAUGAAAGCCAAAGCUGGGGGUCUCUUCCAGGCCAUUUCUUCUUUUGCUAUUGGAAAGAUCAGGGCAGAAAUCCAAGAGGAAAAAAAUGAAGCCAUUGCAAACUAUAGGUUUAUGAAAACCUUGGCGGGUAAGAUUCUUGGCGGCCGCAAAAAAGACGAGACCGAAGACACCAUGAAGCUAACAGCAGAACAACAAAAGGAAAUCAAAGAAGGGAUCUUGAAGUGGGAGACGGUGAUUGCUAAAGUCACAACCACAAUGGUACAAAGCACAACAACCUCUUCUUCAGCAAGCGAAGGUUCUGCGAGUGCAAAAGAAGUUUCAGCCGGCGGCAAGCAAGACUCUGCUAGCGGAAGCUCUUACAAAGACACAACCGGUUCAAGCUCCAGCUCGGGAAGCCCUAGUGAAAGCCCAUCUGGUUCAAAAUCAUCUGGUUCAAGCUCUGAUGAAUCAAUCUCUAAAGAAACAGGCUCUAAAGGUUCAAGCUCUAAAGGUUCAAGCUCUGAAGAAUCAAGCUCUAAAGAAACAGGCUCUAAAGGUUCAAGCUCUAAAGGUUCAAGCUCUGAAGAAUCAAGCUCUAAAGAAACAGGCUCUAAAGGUUCAAGCUCUAAAGGUUCAAGCUCUAAAGUUGAAGCUAAAGCUGGAGGUGGAGCUUCCUUUGAGGAUAGUACCGGUGGAAGCCCUAGUGGAAGUCCUUCAAACAGCCCAUCUGAAACUUCCACGAGCACUAAGUCAAGUGGAAAAGUAGAAGCAAGUGAAAGUGCAAGUGGAGGUGCAAGUGCAAGUUCAGGUGGAAGCGCAAGUGUAUCUAGUCAGAAAGGCGAAAUAUCAAUUACAGAAGUUGAGACUCAGACUUCCGAACAAGUUAUGACAUUCUUAAUGGGCCUCGAGAAGAAGUGUCCCCAAAAGGAGGAAUACAAGUCCUUCUUCGAGAAACUCAAGGGUACCAUGACAACCACCGUAAGGGUCAAGAGAGGUUUCUUCUCUGGUCUUAGAGCUGCUGUUGGGAAAGUAGGUGAUGCCAUGGCAUUUAUGCGUUCAAGAAUUGGAACCAGAUCAGCAGAGAUGAAGACGAAAUUGGAAACUUGUCAAGCAGAAGUGGUGAAGGCUAUGGAAGAGCUAGACGCCAUCCACGCUCAAAUUGUAAGCCAAAACAAGGGUAAGAAAGGAGGAGCUAUGACAUGCACAGCAGCACAACAGGCAGAGAUUAAAGUGAAAAUCACCAAGUGGGAACAAGUCACAACCCAAUUCGUUGAGGCUACUAUGGAGAGUGAAGCUUCUUCAUCUGCAUCAGCUUCUUCUUCUUCUUCUUCUGGUAAAUUAACCUCCGGGGGUGUCAAGCCAUUUUGA